GCGAAGCCUCUUGGUUUGGGGGCCGGGGCAGGGGGCCGGGCUUGAAGACGCGUCGUUUGGUUUGGCCUCAGUGACGGAGCUCUCCGUCUUCAACCGCUGGGCGGAAGGCGUUUGUUAGGGGCCCCACCAAGAAAGAGGCCCUCGAGGUUCCCGAUGGUGUCCAUGACUUUCAAGCGGAGCCGCAGCGACCGGUUCUACAGCACCCGGUGCUGCGGCUGUUGCCAUGUCCGCACCGGGACGAUCAUCCUGGGGACCUGGUACAUGGUGGUCAACCUGUUGAUGGCAAUUCUGCUGACUGUGGAGGUAACACACCCAAACUCAAUGCCAGCUGUCAACAUUCAGUAUGAAGUCAUUGGCAAUUACUAUUCGUCUGAGAGAAUGGCUGAUAAUGCCUGUGUUCUUUUUGCUGUCUCUGUUCUUAUGUUUAUAAUCAGUUCAAUGCUGGUAUACGGAGCAAUUUCUUAUCAAGUGGGUUGGCUGAUUCCGUUCUUCUGUUACCGGCUUUUUGACUUUGUUCUCAGCUGCCUGGUUGCUAUCAGUUCGCUGACUUAUUUGCCAAGAAUCAAAGAAUAUCUGGAUCAGUUACCUGAUUUUCCCUAUAAAGAUGACCUCCUGGCAUUGGACUCCAGCUGCCUCCUGUUCAUUGUUCUUGUGUUCUUUGCCUUGUUCAUCAUUUUUAAAGCUUAUCUGAUUAACUGUGUUUGGAACUGUUAUAAAUACAUCAACAACAGAAACAUGCCAGAGAUUGCUGUGUACCCGGCCUUUGAGGCACCUCCACAGUAUGUUUUGCCAACCUAUGAAAUGGCAGUGAAGAUGCCUGAGAAAGAACCACCACCUCCGUACAUACCUGCCUGAAGAAAUUCUGCCUUUGUCAAUAAACCCUAUACCAGCUUUUUGUCUUGUUCAUUUUACAGAAUGCUGCAACACAGGGCUUAUCAUACUUGUUUGAUACAAAGUACAUUUUCCUUUGUUUAAGCAUUUAUUUUCAAACACUAACAAGCUUUUUGGAUAUGUAUUAAAAGUCAGAUUUUGUUGUUGUUGUUAAGUAUGUUACAUUUUAGUAGUUUUUGAAGACAAUCUAGGUUAAGCAAGAGCAAAGUGCCAUUGUUUGCCUUUGGUUGGGGGUGGGUGGGAAGGGGGCAUUCUCUACACGUAUUCUUUUUUAACUUUGCACUUUCUUUAUAUAAUAGUUUGCAUUUUGGUUAUUCGCUGCCCUGGAUACUUUCAGGAAGAAUGAAUUAAAUAUUCAGGGUGAAUGAGUUCAGUUUAAGAUCUGAAGUUUUCAGCUAUGAAAAUAGGAAAAAUAUAUAACAUUUUAACUUGACUGUGGAAAAUGAUGGUUGCAUGUUUCUAAUUUGUAUGUGUUUCCAUCUUUGAGAUAAGAUGCUUUAAUAAAUCUCUUAAAUAUU